CUUCAUCGACCCUCCAGCUUCCUGUCCUCCUCACAGUCCCUCUUCCACCUGACGGGUGCUCCCUCGCUCGUGAUCGACUUCUUACCAACAUGGCGCGCUUCACCUUCACCUUUGCCUUUGUCCUAGUCGCGCUGGCCACUUCCAGCCAGGCCCUCAACAUCCAGUCCAGCCAGGUCAAAGCGAAUACUGAGCGUGCAGAUGCAGUCAAAGCAGCUUUCGUAAAGUCAUACAACGGCUACAAGAAGUACUGUUUCGGCCGGGACCAGCUCAACCCACUCACCAAGACUUGCGACGACCCUCUCGGCGGCUGGGGUGCAACGCUCGUCGAUGUCCAGAGCACAGCACAUGUCAUGGGUCUUAACGACAUCUACGACGAGACCGUCGCUCAGUCGCUCAAGACUGACUAUAGCAAGACGUCAUCCGAGGAAGUCUCCAUCUUCGAGACCACCAUUCGACACGUCGGUGGAUUGCUGUCAUCCUACGAGCUCGGAGGACGAAGGGAGAAGAAGCUUGUAGAACAAGCUCGUGUUGUGGGCGACAAGCUCAUGUAUGGCUGGAUCAACAAUAACGACAUUCCUUACAAUACCCUCAAGUUCUGGAGUGGUCUCCCUACUCCCAAGACGGACGAGUCCGCAGUCAUCGCUGAGACCGGCACUCUGAUCAUUGAAUUUGAUCGACUCAGCAAGUACACCGGCAACAACACCUACCGAGACUUCGCUAUCAAGGCCGAGCUCGCGACCAUCAAUACUAUCCCUCUGCCGUUCCCAGGACUUAACCCUCAGAGACUCAAUCAGACCACUGGCAAGCCAGUCGGAGACUAUGUGACUUGGGGCGGUGGCUCUGACAGCUUCUUCGAGUACCUCAACAAGUACGCCCUGCUGAUCGGUACUCAGGAGAUUUACUUCCCUGCUUGGAUCACUUCGGUCAAGUCUUCCAUCUUGCACCUGAUCACUAGCGCAGGUGGCACAAAGAAGAAGCUCACAUAUCUUGCAGACUACUCGGCCAAGAAUGGGGGUACCCUUCCCCGUGGCUCUCACCUCGAAUGCUUCGUGGGAGGCAAUUGGCUGCUGGGAGGCAAGUUGCUUGACAAUGACGACAUCUUCAACUACGGUCUUGAUCUCGCCGAGUCCUGCAUUCACACUUACACUGCCUCCGCCACCGGUGUGGGUCCAGAAGGCUUCAUCUACCGCCUGGCCAAUGGAUCUUCGCAGGGCAUCGAGAUCAAGAAUGCCGAGUUCUAUGCAGAGAACGGCUUCGACUACUCUUCCAAGCCCUACGUCUUGCGACCAGAAGUCAUGGAGUCCGUCUUCUACGCCUAUCGUCUGACCGGAGACAGCAAAUGGCAAGACCUCGCUUGGAAGGCCUUCCAGGCCCUCGAGAAGUACUGUGGUACCGACACUGCUUUUACCUCACUCGACGAUGUCAGCAACUCCACCACUGCCCAGAUCGACCUCUCCGAGUCAUUCCUGUACGCCGAAUUGUUCAAGUACAGCUACCUGAUCUUUACCGAUGGGAACGUCCUCGACCUUGGCAAGUACGUCUUCAAUACCGAGGCGCACCCAUUCGAGAUUGACAAUCUCGACGUCGACUUCAGGGGUCUGAACCCAGGACCCAUCAAAGCUCCCGCCGCCCACGUGACUGCCGACGCUGAAGUACCAAGCGCAACAAAGCUUUCUGACACCAGCAACGGGAAGAAGGCAAAGACGACUGGCUAUGGGAAGCUCGUGCCUGCACCUCUGUUCACCGGAGUGAACAAGAAGAAGCUCGCUGGAGUGACUAGGGACCAGAAGCCUUUCCAAGCUGCUCCCAAGGCUCGUCUCGCCUCGACUUAGGUCUACCUAAUGCGAUUACGAUUCGCCCCUUGUCUUGAUCGAGCGCGAAGCGAGAUCAGUCCGCUUGUUCCCCUCCACGCAGCCCGUCAUCUCGGGCUCGGCAUGGUCUUAGUUCGUGUCUUUGCUUUCGUCACCCUUGCAUCGCCGUGAAUCACAAUCGACGAGUGCUUUCGUUUCCAUCCAACCUUCACUGCCUUCCAUCCCAUUGCGAAGAGC